AGUCCCAUAGGCUCUGUAGAAGCAUUGUGUUCAGUCUUGUGUGUGAGCUUGACGUGCGUGUUUAAACAACCUCCUGCAAAAGCUCUCCCUUUUUAUGAGUUCUCUGUGAAAAGUAUCCGCCCACACAUGUCCUUAUAUAGCCUUACUAAACUUCCUGUUGACUUCUUACAGUGUCUUCAGAAAGUAUUCAUACCCCUUGACUUAUUCCACACUUAGCUCCGUUAUCUGAUUCGGAGUAUGAUUGUUCUGUGUGCCUGCAAUGAAAAUCUCUAUACAAUCAAUAAAUAAAUACAUUUAUAACCAGAAAUGAGUGUUAUUCUAAGCUAAGGUAUAUCAAAGUUUCACUGUAUUGCAUAAUGUUAUCAAAGGGAAGAGGGGGACACGGAGGAGGGGUGGGUUGAACAUUUUUAUUUUGCCAGGAGCAAAGGACGUGGUGAGAGCUGAUGGAGGUCUGACCCACUGACAGUCAGAGAGACUUUACCACUGUUACAACAGAGCCGUGACCCUCUGAUGACUUAACCUGUGUAGCAGAAUUCCUGUGAGAGCUGAGAACUAGGCAUAGUGACGAUGCAAACAGUAGGUGGUGCUGUUGAUUGCUUUCUGUUUCCAUUCCACUCAUUUGCCUUCUAUUCACAUUCCAAUGAGUGAUGAAAGGAACUUUCCAUUCAUCAGUACUAGGGAUGUGUUCCUGAACAGUAUUAUGUCAGUGCCAGAGGUCAAACAGAAAAGGAAACCUCUCAUUCCUGAUGUUGAAUGGUCGACUGCCUUGGUAUUUAGAGUGAAUAGCUGGAUAAUAGACCAUUAGUCAUUUAUGAUCUAUCAAGCCCUGCUCUUGAUAAACAUCUGUUCACAAAACCACAGUAAUUACAACAUUUUGUAUGCAUUAUGAGGAUGUCAAUAGCACUUUCUGUAAACUGGAUGUGGCAACUAACUAGGGGUUAGUUGGGAUUAAAGUUCAUCCUCAUCUCCAUUUAAAAUUCUAUCCACCUAUCCUAUGAAUCACAAGGAGAGAGUUGGAGUGAGUCAUGUGGUGACUCUCCCUUUCUGAGUGUAACGGAUGUGAAAUGGCUAGCUAGUUAGCGGGUACGCGCUAAUAGCGUUUCAAUCAGUUACGUCACUUGCUCUGAAACCUAGAAGUAGUGUGGCCCCUUGCUCUGCAAGGGCCGCGGCUUUUGUGGAGCAAUGGGUAACGACGCUUCGUGGGUGACCAUUGUUGAUGUGUGCAGAAGGUCCCUGGUCCACGCCCGUGUCGGGGCGAGGGGACGGUCUAAAGUUAUACUGUUACAUGAGGUAAGGUGAGUUCAGUUCCACUUGUCUUGACUGGUUCUUUGGUGUCAACUGAGACCCUCCCAUUCCCGGGGAAAUCCAGUGUGUACUUUCCAAGCUUAUCCCACGCACAAUGGUUACAUUCCUAAACCUCAAUUCUGAUCAUAUCUGUGGCAGUGCCGACUGGAUCUAUGGGUUUACUUUGGCUCCCCCCUCCGUCACACAAUCUGCCUUAGUGAACCACUUUACAUGUAUCAUGUUACACAGAUGUUGAUCUAUACACAGCAAAUUGGCCAGUGUUAACUAGUGUUGAUUUUUCAGUGUAACAUUUACAUUUACAUUUAAGUCAUUUAGCAGACGCUCUUAUCCAGAGCGACUUACAAAUUGGUGCAUUCACCUUAUGACAUCCAGUGGAAGAGCCACUUUACAAUAGUGCAUCUAAAUCUUUUAAGGGGGGGGGGGGGGGGCAGAAGGAUUACUUUAUCCUAUCCUAGGUAUUCCUAACAUUAACAUUUCUAGUGUUGAUUCAGGUGUUACAUGAAGUCUGUAAAUCUGUCCUGUACAGCCAGGGCACCUUGUGGUUCCAUUGUUGUGUACAUAUGUGUGUAUGGUAUGCUUGAGAUACUAUUAAUAGGAUGUUGCAUACACGUUAUCUAAAUUUCGAUUCAGUUGUUGAUAGUAGGCUGUUUUUUAUUCACAUAAAAAAUACUUUGUUACAUGAUAAAUAGCUAUUUGGCAGAAUAGAAACUCAUGGCAAUCACGUAUCAGUUUCGUUUUCGUCUCUGCAAAAUAUAAAUAAUAUGCCAGGGAGUGGCUAGUUCAAGUGUCUGUGCCAAUUAUUUCUAUAUACACUACAUAACUUCCAGGGGGCGCUGUUUCGAAGCCUCCAUCUUGGCACUCCACCGAUGUAAAAAAUAUUUAGGAAGCUAUAGAAAUGCAUUUAUUGUCUACAUUCAUUUUUGCCAUAAAUGCAUUAUAUUACAGACACUUUAAUGCAUACUUUGAAAUUAUAUUAUGUGAGCUAACAUUAAAAAAAACACAGAUAAAUAUAUAUAAACAUUUUCGUUAAAGUACAUUUUUUGAGAUAACUAAUGUACUGUUACCAUUACAAAAACAAAAAUACUUAAAUACAUGUAAUUUUGUCCUUGAAACAUUGAAUUGAAAUACUGUAAAAUUCCAUUAAUUCCUAUGGAGGACUGCUCCUACUGGGGAGUGCCAAUACUGCCAACCGGUGGCUUCAAAGCCUCUCAAUGGUCAAUACAUAGAAAAAUCACAAUCCAGGGUUUAUAUACAUUAUUGGUUUGCACUAGUCUCAGAUUUUUAUUACCUCAAUACUGUGGUCAUAUAUCUUAACUGCCAUCGAAAAUAAAACGAGGUAAGAAUUUGACACCAAUUGUAAAAUAAUUUAAUUACAUGCACAUAAUCUAUCUCUCUGAACUACUUGAUAUCACAAUAACAAACAAUGCUGUUGUGUUGAAGAUAAGGAUUAUUAUGACUGUUAACAAUGAUAAAAAUGUUGGGCUAGUAAUAAUAUAAUAACUUAUAAUUCAUAUUUUUUCCUUUUUCCUCACAGAGGUCAAAGCAGAUAGCAAGCAAGCUGAAAGCACUUGAACGUCACUUUACACGGGGAAUAAAAAAGGCCGACAUUAAGGAUAAAAGCGAAGGUGGAGGUCUGCAUCUGUCACUUCUCCAGAGCCGUGGAGCUGAAGCCCUCCAACAUCCAUGCCAGGGUGAACCUGGCUGAGGCCUACGGGAACAACUACCAGCUGGAAGAGGCGAUGAAGAUAUUCACUGUCCUUUUAGAGGACAAGUCCCUCAGUGACUCAGACAAGCAGCUCUGCUAUACCGGCUUUGGUAUAGCAAGAAGAGAGACGGGGAUGGCGCUGUGACAUAGGUCAAAAACGCCUACCAGAUUCGGAUUGAGAGUUGGGACAGGAAGAGACUGGCUGGGAAGAGGCACCUCUCAGCGGAUCACAGAGGUGGCAGGAUAACAAGAGAGUUGGCGAGGCCUCUGAGAUUUUGUCGUUCCACAAACAGGAAAGGUAGCCUGAGGACACAGACGACCUGACAGAUUCUUUCGGCAAAGGAUUGGAACUCAAAUGAUAUGCCUAACUAUAACACAAUGCAUGGCUUACAUGGCUUACACUGCUGCAUGCAUUUGAAUGUUUUUAAUGGUGAAGUGAAAACUAAAGUUUAAGUUGGGAGUACGCAUCUCUGGCUGCACUCUUCUUUUUAUUUUGUGUAAAAGUUGCAAAGAAAAUUUGAGUUCAAAUGUAUUACUUUUGGAAAAGAUAUAUGUUUAUAUGUCUUAAGGUGUCAGGUAGUGUCACAAAGUUCAGUUGUCUGAGUAAAAUUGCACCAUGUGGCUGCAUGAUACAUCUUGCAAUAAAACAACUAGGCCUAUAAAAAAAACUUGAAAGUAUUAUUCUAAUUUCUAAAGUUGAUUAUUCAUCAUGUACAUAAGCAUUGUUCAGAAACAAUGAGUGAGUAUAGAGUCACGAGUGUUGAGAAAACUAUUUGAAUAUAUACUCGAUGGAAAAUAAUAUUUCUACAAGCAUCUCCUCUCUACCCAUUAUAUGACCUUCUCCUUUCCCCCUUUAUAUAGUACACAGCGCGAUCUCAACCUUGGCAAUACAGCUACGCAUCAGUUCCGUUUUCCUUUAAUUUAGUUGUAAACUUGCAGGUCUAUAUAUAGCCAGCGAGUGAGUACGUGUUGGCUGUGUGGCCUAUUCCACGUACUUGGGCGUUACAAAAAACAACUCGCUGUAUUCAACAAGAUGAGUGCCUCGGUCAAAGCAGAUAUGGAAGUCAAACUGAAAGCACUUGAGUGUCACUUCACAUGGGGCAUAAGGAAGGCUCACAUUAAGGACCUGGACAGCCUCCCUGAAAAGCUCCUGGAUCGCAUCAUGAGGUUUACCACGCCGAAAUACCAUGCCACAUAUUUCAACUUACUUGCGUUCCUGAGCCACCUGGAGGAAAAUAAUGUUAGUGCUCUUGAGUAUCUCCACAAGGCUGAGAGUGCAUUGAAGGACAGACAGGAUGAUACAGAGUUACUGGUUACCUAUGCUAACUUUGCAUGGGUUCACUAUCACUCAGGAAACCUUGAUGAUGUGGAUGCCUACAUUGGAAAGCUGGAAAUCAUCAAUGAGGGAAUUCCAAGUGCCUUAAUUAUUCAAGGCAGCUUACCUUCCGUACAUGGUGAGAAAGGUUGGAGUCUUCUCAGGUUUGGGGGAUUGUUUUAUAUGAGGGUAAAAGAGAGCUUCCAGAAAGCUCUUGAGGGGGAACCAGACAAUACUUCUUUCAAUAUGGGCUAUGCUCUGGUCCUGUACAGGUUGGAGUGCAUGGUCAAGAAUAAGAGAGUGAGUUCAGUGAUGACUGCAGCUGCCAACCAGCUAAGGAAGGCCUUAUCCUUGGAGCCUGAUAACGCUGAACUUAUGGUCAUCCUAGCUCUGAAACUUCAAAAAAAUCAAGAAAACAAAAGUGAGUCCUUGAAACUCACCAAAGAGGCCCUCAGGCUGUCACCUGACGUGCCUCAUGUACUGCGUUAUGUGGCCAAAUAUUUCAAAAAUGAGGGCUCCAUCAAUGAGUGCCUACAGGUUUUGAGGAAAGCUCUGGAACUGUCUCCAAACUCUCACUUCCUCCAUCACCAAAUUGGCCUGUGUCACAAACAGCAGCUCAUCCAGAUGUUCGAGCAGAAAAGGGAAGGGGGAGAUGUGAAAGUGGGACAGAUAAAAGCAAAAGUGUUGGCCUGUAUCCGUCACUUCUCCAGAGCCGUGGAUCUGAAGCCCUCCAACAUCCACGCCAGGGUGAACCUGGCAGAGGCCUAUGGGAACAACUACCAGCUGGAAGAGGCAAUGAAGAUAUUCACUGUCCUUUUAGAGGACAAAUCCCUCAGUGACUCAGACAGGCAGCUCUUCUACACCGGCUUCGGCACGUUUCUUUACUACAGGAAGAUAGACGGGGAUGGCGCUGUGACACAGUUUAAAAAUGCCUACCAGAUUCCAAUUAAGAGUUGGUACAGGAAGCAGGCUGGGAAGAGGCUGAAUCAGAUCGCAGAGAGGUGGCAGGCUAACAAGAGAGUUGGCGAGGCCUCUGAGAUUUUGUCGUUCCUCAAACAGGAGAGGUAGUCUGAGGACACAGACAUCCUGACAGAUUCUUUCGGCAAAGGAAUGAAAUUCAAAUGAUAUACGUAGCUAUAACACAAUGCAUGGCUUAAAUUGAAACACUGCUCAAAUCAAACUUUAUUUGUCACGUGCCGAAUACAACAAGUAUAGACUUUACCGUGAAAUGCUUACUUACAAGCCCUUAACCAACAGUGCAGUUAAAUGCUGGAUGCAUUUUCAUGUUUUUAAUGGUGAAGUUCAAGUUGGGAGUACGCAUCUCUGGCUGUACGCUUCUUUUUAUUUUAUUUAAAAUUUGCAAAGAAAAUUUCAGUUCAAAUGUAUUACUUUUGGAAGACAUAUGUUUCUAUGUCUUAAGAUGUGUCAUGUAGUGUCACAUGUAGUGUUGUACAAUUGUACCAUAUGGCUUCAUGAUAAAUCUUGCAAUAAAAAAAAAGACUUGAAAGUGUUAUUCUAAUUUCCAAAUGUGGUUAUUCAUCAUGUAAAUAAGUAUUGUUCCAAAACAACGAGUGAUUGUGUAAGAAAUUGUAAUAGAUACUGGAAACUAGUAAUAACAACAUUUCAACAUAAGCCAUCUUUUAUACAAAAUACACAUACUCCUCAUUUCUCUUGGGCAUAUGCUGGACUUAUUUAGACACCAACUACAGACACACACAAUUCCCCUCCCCCAUGAUAACCACAGACACACACAACUCAAGGUUGGAGCUCAAGACAAAGAACUAUCUCAGGAACCAAUGGAACGUUGACACCAGGCCUGUUCAGGAGUACCCAAGACCCAGAUCGACCAAUCGGAAGGCCAGACUUCCAGAUCAACCUACUUUGCUUGUUGUCUAUAUAAAACUGUACAACUGUUUAAACUACCUCUUUCCGGACGAAUCCAUAAGAAUCAGACAGAAAGAGCCUUGCUGCAAGAUUUUACUAAGAUAUCUUUACAUGUGAUUAAACGGCCUUAUUAUAAAAUUAUCCACCUCGUCA